CUUCUUCCAAGUGUCAACUUCAACGGCUUCGGAAAAAUCGGAAACAUCAAAUCAAUUUCUGAAAUUCAUUUUCUGUUAACCAAUAUUGGUUGUGCAGAAUUCCAAUAGGUGUAAGAUAAUGGCGCUGUUGUUUUAGUGACUCAUCUGUUUUCAUGGUGUCAUUUUACUCUACUAUCCUAUUUCGCUAACUCUUAAGAAACAUCGUUAUUGAAACGUGGAUGCUGGUACAUUUCCCUAACGAGAUUGUUUUCUUUUGAUGAAGGAAAAUAUUGGAGAGUCAAUUUUGUUCUUUUGAGCUUCGCAAGAACAUUUGAAUAAUUCCAAAAUGAAACAAGACAUAAAUUCGAAGCCAUGAGUCGACCAGUAUCCAGGGACACUCAGAAGAGAGGAUGUGUUCGUGCUCCUCAUCUGGAUAUUCUAUGGCUUCCUCGAGCUGCCAUGAAGUCUGUGGAAGGAGAUCCUUCAGACUGCGUUCUAGUAGUCGGCGUCUCCAGGCCAAAGAUGGCUCUCGGCAUCCUCACGAUAAUGCUUCUCUCGCUGUUCCUAACCUUUCACAUGAUAUAUGAUACUGCUAUCAACAGUUUACAAAGCAACACCGCAGAUCAUUCUCGGCCCCCCUUAAUACUUCUCUCUAGACGACUCUACCCUUCAGCUGCUCGAAGACUACCCCAAGCUAUCAUCAUUGGCGUGAGAAAAUGCGGAACGAGAGCUCUGCUCGAGAUGCUGUAUCUUCAUCCCAUGGUUCAGAAGGCGGCAGGCGAAGUGCACUUCUUCGAUAGGGAUGAUAAUUACAACAAAGGACUGGAAUGGUACAGGAUGCAAAUGCCGCAUUCUUAUCCUGGACAAAUUACCAUCGAGAAAAGUCCCAGCUACUUCGUGACGCCUGAGGUACCUGAAAGAAUACGAGCUAUGAAUGCGAGUGUCAAACUGCUGCUCAUAGUUCGAGAACCAGUAACCAGAGCAAUAUCAGAUUAUGCCCAACUCCGUGCCAAUGCCGCCACAGCUUCACCAGUAGUACCUCCCUCAGCCUCCAAAUCCUUCGAACAGCUAGUGCUCCAUCCUAACGGCUCCAUCAAUGAAGCCUACCGCCCCCUCUCCAUAUCAAUCUAUCACCAUUACCUGCACAGGUGGCUUGAGGUGUUCCCCAGGGAACAGAUCUUGGUGGUGAACGGCGAUCUACUGAUAGAGGAUCCUGUGUCCCAGAUACAAAAAAUCGAGAGCUUCCUUGGCUUAGAACCUAGAAUAGGCACGCACAAUUUUUAUUUCAAUGAAACGAAGGGUUUUUAUUGUUUGAGAAACGAAACUUCAGAUAGGUGCUUGAAGGAGACGAAAGGUAGGAAACAUCCUAGAGUAAACCCUAGGGUGCUGUCGAAAUUAAGGAAAUAUUUCGGGGAACAUAAUCAGAAGUUUUAUGAACUCAUUGGGGAGGAAAUGGGGUGGCCCGAGGAAUAGAUAGGUGUUCUGUCAUAUCAUGAUGAAUCAAUAUACUGGGUCAAGAUAUUUUCUCCUAGAUUAUUGAAACUUUUGUUUCGUGAGCUGAUCUCUGUUCGGAAGUCGUUUUCGAGAGAUUUCAUAAAACAACUUAAAACUUUCUGUUAUGUUCACUAAUUGAAAAGGGUUUGAGAAAAUGUUUUUUCAAUUCAAUAAGUAUAGUUUGUUCUGCUAUGAUAAAGCAUGAACAGGAUGAGUGGUUUGAACGUUAAUAUAAUUAUUAUAUUGACUAGUGAGAAAAAGUUGUGAGUAAUUUUCAACUGGCUAUGAACUGAGGAAAAAAGUUUGUACAGCAAAUUCAAGGGAAGGAAAUCGUAGCUCUGAACCUCUAUGGACUUUCAAUAGAAAUAGAUCAUUUUGUCUUUGAUUAUGUAUAUCUCAGCAAACAAUGGCCACACAAGAGUAGAAGUUUUCAGAAACUUGAAUUGUUUCUUCGUUAGUUUUAGCUAUAACUUUCUACAAAAACUUCUAUCCUCUAGAUGAAUUUGAAUAUUCUCAAGAUUUUUCGAAAACUGCUAACGCUAAACAAUGUGAAUGAAUCCAAAGACUAGACACUUGAAAUGGAGGGUCCUUUAAAUUUUGAUGCUAGUGCUUUUCAAAGCGUGAUUUAAUAGAUCUAAAUAAUGAAAAUUUUAUAUCAACCUGCGUCCUGCUAGCUAGAGAAUUAUAAACUUUGUGACCCCAAAAGUUUGUAUAAAACAAUUGGCAUCAGAGACAAAUUGUUGUCAGUACCGAGGGUUUUGUGAAUAAGCCGAAUGGUUAACUACAUAUAUUUGAGAGCGUUACAAAGCAGUAUUCUCGAAAAAAUAAAGAUUUUAUAAUGUGAUGCCUUCUAUAACAAGGUCAUUGACUCUGUCAAAAAAUAUCGUAGAGGCGACACCAACCCCUAAUUGGAAUUAAGUUCUGAGAAAAAUUCGAUAAAAAUUGUUGGUCCUGAUGAAUUUUAUUGUGCAUUUUGAGAUGUUUGUUGAUUUGAAGUUUUCACGAGCUCAUAUCUAGAAUCACCUAAAUAUAUUCACGUUGAAUACGGACACCCUGAGCAAGAAUUAUACAAUUGUAUAUUCUAGAAACAUAAUUAUAUCGCUCUCCAAACUCUCGUAGUACAAGAAAUCUUCAGCGACGGCAAGAUUUAUUACAGCUUCCGCUGAUAAACGUAACGCAGAAAAACAUAAUCUCUUGUAAGUUGUUUAGGUCUUGAAGAGUUUCCUCAACACUCCCCCGUUCGAUAAAGUUCAAGAGCCGUCAUUUAAUAAGAAGGGUUCCCCCGAAAUAAUGAGAUAAACAACACAAUGGAGGAAUUCCUCAUUCUGGAAAGUUUCAGAUACGCUAUAACUCCUUUUGGACGUAUUUCGUAACGUUUAAAUUCAGGUGUAAUAAAUUGUAGAGACUGAGGGACAAGAGCUACACGAAAUUUCUUCCUUAUAAAGUUUUCAGGUUCUUGUUAAAAACUAGAAGGGUUCUGAUUGAAGAGUUCGAGUAUGCUCGACUAAACACAGUUCACAAAUUGGGUUAUACCUACUCGUAUUAAAUCAUGCCUGCCUGUAACGAUAGGGAGAUGUUUCCAAAACAAAUCUUUGAACAUUGAAAUUCAGGGUGAGUGUAUUUUUCGUGUAAAAACCCCUCAAUUUCUAACUUUUUCCUGAACAGUACCCUUAAAUAAUCAAAACUUUUUGCUUGUUAUUAUGAUCUUCACACAGCACCUCGAAAAUCAAUAUCGAUUGAAAAAAAACUUCAAAGGGGAGUCUGGAGCAGUUCUCAAGUUAACGUUCCUUUGUUAGUCGAUAACUAUCGGCUAUGGCUGUUUCUUCUGUAAUCAUCUGAUAUAGCAAGUCCAAACUAACAAUUUUACUCAUUUGAUCAUACCCAGGAAGCUCGCAUUUAUCUGAAGUUUCUUAUUUAAAAAAAAAUUUAAUAGUACAAGACAAGCAAAAUAUGAGAAUAUAAAAGACAUUUUUACUAUAUUGUGAACAGUAAGGGGCCCGAAUAGAGAAGAUGAGGAUAUAGUGAAAAUUCUCGAAUGAUCAGGGAUGGCAAUUUCACAAAUUUAUCGACAUCGAUACCGCUAUCACUGACUUGAGUAUUGAAGCAGACAUGUUCAAUGUUUCAAUUACCUAAUCACCAAAUGCUUCAUCACUUUCCAACAAUGAAAAAAUUCACUCAGAUCCCUUUUCAGGAACUCGAAAUUCAUGCUCAAACUGAUGUGAAGGAGAUAAACUAAAUCAAUCGAUAGAUUUUGCCAUCCUUGAAUGAGAUACCUGUUAAAAACAAAGUAACGAAACAUAUCAUAAAUUAUUCAAUAUUAACAUAUCAUACUUUUAGGACUUCAAUAUAUUUUAUUGUGGAUUUAUUAUAUUGUAUACAGUUUAUACCUGAAUAUUAAGAAAUUUGUUUUUUCGACCCAGUGUAUAGUUGGAUCAUAUUGAUCAGUGCCUUAUAUUUAGGGAUGUAAUCCAAACUGGAUAUUGGUUGAAAAUUCUCAUUUCAAUUUGCUUUGAGUCUACAUAUUUAUUUGUGGAAUGAAUGUCUGAAUUAGUUGAUGUGCUCAUGAAACACAUUCCAUUUAGAAAAAUUCCGAGAAAUAUGAUACCAAGUGAAAUAAAUUUUUAUUUAAUAUAAAUUCGAUGAGAAAUUGGCAAUUCAUAAUGACGGUAACCAGAAUUUCGUGAAUUUUCUAAUUUCUUGCUAUCCAUACAUUUAAUUUCUUCAGCAUGAUGUGUGUAGAGUUAUGUGACCAUACGGUUAUAUAAUAUUUUGGAUAUAGCACCCCGAUUAAUCAAAUCAUAAUGUCUGUUUUCAGGUAUCCUCACAAGAAUUGAUUUUCAGGUGAAGUUGGAUAUUUAAUAAAUUGAAGCAAAUUGAAAUGAAAUUCAAACUUUUUUGAUGCCAUAUGCUCAUAAUCAUGAAUUAUUUUCAUUUUAUUCAGGAAAGAGUAAUAUUUACCAUAUGUUGUCAUUGAUUGUGUAAUUUGUAGAAUUGAUAUUAUUAAUCUUUAUUUAUUUCACUGAUUACCAAACAAUCAUAAAAAUUGGAUCACGUGGAGAAAAAAUUGAUUUGAUGAAAUCAAUAAGUUCCGCACAAUCCUUCGAAAAUGUAUUAGUUUUAAGGAAAUUUUGUUCAUAUAAAAGUUCACAGAUAAGAUUCAUCAUAAAUCAGACAAAUAUUACGUAUCACGUAGCGGUAAAUAUCAUUCUUUCCUAUUCCCAUACCCAUAUACCUAUGUGUAAAUUUUGUGUUCUGUCGCGGUUUUGAUUCUGCAACAGCUAUAAGUUAAUUGAUACACUUAGAUAUAUUAUAGGUACUAUCAAAAACCUCAUCCAAGCAACAAGACAGCGAAUUCGUUAUAAUUAUCAUAAACAAAACCAGAAAAUAUUAGUUGAUGAAUAUCCAUAGUCUAUAAGAGGCUGUAUAUCAUACAUAUCAAAUAAAAAAUCAUACAUAUCAAAUUUGUGAUUGAAAUAUAAGAUGAAUAUAUGUACAUUGUUUAAAUUUAGGCAAUUCUCAAGAUGAUAAUUGUUAAACUUAGCUAAAUAAAACUUUCUUCAUCCUUGUAUGUUUCAAGUAUGUAUCUUAACUUUAUUAUCUAUACAAUUCACAUGUGCAAUAAAAUGUUGGUGUCAGAAUGUUGAGUGAAUUAUUUUUGUUGAUGUUUUAUAAUUAUUAAAUAUCAGAAAUUUCUCAUGGAGUAUGUCAUGCUUCAGCAUUUCAUCUGUAUAAAUAAUCAUAUGAAUACUUCUUGAAUAUCUGGAUAUUUUGAAUCAUUUUGUGUGUUAUAUUUUGUUCAAAGUCGAAAAUUUUAAUCGCAUUUCGUCCUAGAAAUACUCAAUAUGGUUCCAGGCACAAAUAAAUGAAAAUAAAUAAUAAAUAAAGCAUUCAAAGACAGAUAUUCAGAAGUAGCUUGUUCGUUCAUCCUAUAAAUUCAAGAGGAAAUCUUAUACCACUUUUUCUGGAUAUUGUUCUUUGCUGAAAAGACUGCUUUACAUACUCAACCAAUUAUUUUUGAAACUUUCCUUCUAAAUGUAAACGUUCUAUCAUCUUGCUUUCGAAAUACAUUUCAUCUAAUCUGAUUAAUAACAAAUGUUGCCUACAGAAUAUAAUUUAUCAAACUUUGAAUUGAACUGUACAAAGUGGUCAUAAGCAGGGUUUCAAUUAAUACUGGAAUAUAAAAUGGGAAAUAGAGAAAAUUGUUUUCGAAUUGAUAUAUAGUUGAUCUAUUUUCAGCAGAUUCAAAAAUGAAUAUUAUAGAAUGAAACUUUCUGUUAUAUGGAUACAGUAUUUAGUUGCUUGUAUAUACUAAUGCUCUGUAAAUUCUGUUUAGUUUAAAAAAUAGAUAAGAAAAAAUUAUUAGUCACUGUUAAAUAAAAGCACAGAAAAAUUUGUUUCUAUACAUUUUUCGCUAUGAAAUAUUGUUGGUUACAUAUAUAUGGAUUUAUAUUUUAAGCGUAUGUUGUCAUAUUGAAAAAUUUCGCUAUGAAGGACAUAUUGAAACAGAUUAUGUGAUCUAAAAAAAUUUUGAAUUUUUGAAACAGAUUACUUGAUUUUGUGGGUAAUAAAUGUAAUGAAAGCAAUACAA